CCAACCAGAUCAUCAUCAUCAUCAUCACCACCAACCCUUCUCUUCUAACUCCCUCAAUUCCUUCCCCUCUUUGCCAAUUCCUUCCCAUCACCACUUCUUAGGUCAACCACACAACACCCCCUCUCUCUUUCUCAAGAUGGGUUCACACCAAUUCUUAGGGGGUGGUGGACCUUUCAUGUUGAAAAGAUCCAUGUCAUUUUCAGGGAUAGAGAAUAAGUGCCGCGGCGACGGCGAUGACGACCUAUCGGACGACGGAUUCGGGUUCCAAUUUGGGGAGAAGAAAAAGAGGCUGAACAUUGAACAAGUGAAAGCACUUGAGAAGAGUUUUGAGUUAGGGAACAAGCUUGAACCUGAAAGAAAGGUGCAACUUGCUAAGGCCCUUAACUUGCAACCGAGACAAAUUGCUAUUUGGUUUCAGAAUCGAAGGGCAAGGUGGAAAACUAAGCAACUUGAAAGGGAAUAUGAAUCUCUUAAGAAGCAGUUUGAAGCAUUGAAGGUUGAUAAUGAUGCACUUAAGGUUCAGAAUCAGAAAUUACAUGCUGAGUUACAGGCCCUAAUCAAAGGAAAGGAGUAUUAUUGUGAAGAAGAUGGAGCAAUAAUAAGCAACCUUAAUAAGAAAGAAGCUGGAGAUGGUUCAUGGAGUAAUAAUAAUAAUAAUGGUUGUAGUGACAAUAAUAAUAUCUCAUCAUCAGACAUUAACUUAGAUCUCUCAACAACACCAAUUAUAAACACUAGUCCAGUAUCUUCUCAAAAUGCCAAAACUACCCUUGAAUCCAAUAAUGAUAAUUCUCUAAAGCCCAACAACAACAACAUAAUUCAGCUCCUCCAAUACUCACCAUCAUCAUCAUCAAGACCACAAGGGAUUCCUCAUCAAGAUGAAGGCUUAUGCAACAUGUUUCAUCACCAAAUUGAGGAUCAACAGAAUCUGUGGCCCUGGCCUGAACACCAGCCUCAUAAUAAUUUCCACUGAUCCAAUUCACUCAGGUUCUUAGUAAUAAAAUUCCAAUAUCAAUAGU